AAAAGCUGACAAAUAGCCCGGCUGGGCUCCAAACGGAGUUAUUCCUCAUUAAAGGAAACAACCAAGUCCACUCACACGCAUUCCACUCGCUCAAUGGUGACAAUAAUGAACGCAACGCUCUUCGCUGCUUGUCCGUGUGUGUGUGUGUGCGUGCGAGAGAGGGUGUAAAAAUGCAUGCGGGAGUGUGUGCUGCGAGCGCGGGUGGUUGCAUGCACUGUUAAAAGAGAAUUCAGUGCAUGCCAGCCGACAAAAAAUUAAAAGAAUGAAAAGGAAAAUACUCAAUGGGAACAAUAAUUUCCCUUUCACAUGAAAGACAUGAAAUGCCGCUCAUUUGAGUUUUAGCUUGCGACAAACAUGUCGCCUGUACCACACAUUCAAGCACGCAUACAUACACACAUGCUAUCGAAAUCAAAGCACAGUCCAGAGACCCAAACAAGCGGCCAGAGAACACACAGCGGCAAUUGAGCUGCUUCAUUUUAUUCGAAGCGCUCGUCGAGUGAACACGGAGCACAUAAAGAGCGGAGGCUGAAGACGUGGAUUCAUCGUACGCAUGAUCUCUAUAUAAAAGAUCAGCAGCAGUUGAGGCUGCGGCAAAGGCGCUUGCAACAUACGCGAAUUACGUGAAUUUCAAGAGUUUUUUUUUCUGUUUACUUCGUAUAAGUGUAAUUCAAGCGAAACAGUUGUGAAGCGGGUCGCGUACAACAUCGACAACAAAUUCGAGUUUCGGCUUAGGAUUAAAACUUACAAACGGAAAACUCGUGUCGCUGAAAUGCAAUAAAAAUAAAUUAACCAAAUUGUGGAUGCGUGUUAAAUCAUCAAUUAAAUUCAAUAAAUCAUAAAUAUAAUCCUCGAGCUCGUUUUAAUUGUGAUUUAUGAGCUUAAAUUAAGCCAUAUGUGAUAUAUACAAAUAUAUGUAUAUGGCUGUGCAUUGUUAAUAAAAUUCAAUUCAAAGGCAAGCAAAAAUUACGCAUGCGCAAAUUUAAUUUGAUGUCUUUCAAUUCAAAUUGAAUUUUAACUGCCCAACAACAACAACAACAACUACAAAAAUGAUGUGCCGCCUUUUUGUGUGUCUGCUGCUGGCGCUGUUGCGUCCCGGAGGCGUGGCAAACGCCUUCAACUACGCGCCCCGCGCCAAUUUUGUGAUACGCGCGCCCCAAGACCUCAAAUUCUAUUUGCCCCAAGCGCGCAGCAGCUACUUUGGCUACACACUGGUCAUGCGCCCCACCAGCGUAAUUGUGGGCGCACCGCAGGCCCAGUCAACGCUGGAGGCGCAGCGCGCGGUCAACGAGACGGGCGCCAUCUACAAGUGCUCCCUUGUUAACGGCACCUGCAGUCCAUAUGUCUUCGAUAGCCACGGCAAUCGGAACACGGAGAACAACGAGUACACAUGGGACUCGGAGCGUCGCGACUAUCAGUGGCUGGGUGGCUCCAUGGACGGCGGGACGCGGGACGAGGAUAAGCUGUUGGUGUGCGCGCCCAGAUUUAUAGCGCCAUCGUCAAAGGAUUAUCAUAUGCACGGCAUAUGCUACUGGGUGGCCGAUACGCUCGCCGAUCAGCCGCAGAAUGUGACCAAGAUCUCACCGUUGCGACUGAAGGACGACCAGGUGAAGGAGAACAACGAUCACAGAUAUUACUUCUAUAUACUGGCCGAGCAGGGACUCAGCGCCCAUGUCUCGGAUGACAACGAGCAGUUCCUCAUCGGCGCGCCGGGCAUCUUCACGUGGCGCGGCUCGGUCAUACGCUAUCGCAAGGUUUCCCUUGUGGAUGAUCCCUCGGCAAGUCGCCGCGACACGAGCAACCAGAAGCGACGCCAGAUUCGUGGCAGCGGCGACUAUUUAGAGUACGCGCCGGAAGUUACCUACGAGACGGACAUACCCAAUCCGGAUCGCUGGGGCCAGCCGGACGACUCGUACUUCGGCUAUGCCGUCGGCUCCGGCCACUUCGACAGCACCGAUCUGAAGAGGCUGCUCUAUGUGGCCACCGCGCCGCAGGCCAACGAGCAGUCCGGCGAGGGCUACAUCUACGAUGUGCGCGGCAAGACCAUCGAGAAGUAUCAUGUCUUUCGCGGCGAACAGUUCGGCGAAUACUUUGGCUAUGCGGUACUCGCCGAGGAUCUCAACGGGGACAAUCUCACCGAUGUGAUCAUCUCGGCGCCGCAGCAUUCCCUCGAGGAGUCGCACGAUAAUGGCGCCAUUUACGUCUUCCUCAACAAGGGACGGUUUAAUUUCGAGGUUAAUCUGCUGCCCUGUCCGCUGCCCGUCACGGCCAAGGCACGUUUUGGCACCACGCUGACCCGGCUGGGCGACAUUAAUCACGACGGCUACAACGACAUUGCCGUCGGUGCACCGUUUGCCGGCAAUGGCUCUGUGUUUAUAUAUCUGGGUGCCGAGCAGGGUCUGCGGUCACAGCCCAGCCAGCGCUUGGACUCGCCGCAGCAGCAGCCGUCCAAGUACGGCCAGCACAUGUUCGGGCAUGGUCUGUCCCGGGGCUCGGACAUCGAUGCGAAUGGCUUUAAUGAUUUUGCUGUGGGCGCGCCCAAUGCGGAGGCCGUGUUCCUGUAUCGCGCCUAUCCGGUGGUCAAGCUGUUGGCUAGCGUCCGCUCGCAAAAUCGCGAGAUCAAGCCGGAGCAGAACCGAGUGCAAAUCACGGCCUGCUACGGACUCUCGACGACGGCCAAGUUGAGCUCUGCCCAGCAGCAGGAGAUGGCCAUACGGAUUGUGAUCGAUGCCCAGCUGAAGCGUGCGACAUUCACCCAGACGCAUUCCAGCGAGCUGAGCUUCAAUGCCACGGCGGGCACCACGCAGCAGUGUCGCGUCUUCGACUGCGAGGUGCGCUACAGCGAGAAGGAUAUAUUCCAGCCCAUCGAAUUAAAGAUGCACUACGAGCUGACCAAGAAGGUGCCAGACUCGGAAGAAUUCUGUGAGACUUGUGUAGCUGUGGAUCCCGAGGAUGCCAAGGUCUACACUGAGAAGAUCAUCUUCAGCACGGGCUGUGCCACCGACGUGUGCAUUGCCGACCUGAAGCUGAGCGCCAAGGAUGUGAGCUCCAGCUAUAUACUGGGCAGCGACAAGACGCUGCGCCUGAACUACGAGGUGACCAACGAGGGAGAGACAGCCUACUUGCCGCAGCUGAAUGUGACCAGCUCGAGUCGCUUGAAUUUCGCCCAAAUCCCGGGCAAUUGCAGGGUGAGCGAGGCUGUGAUGGUCUGCGAUCUGAACCAUGGACGACCCUUGGGCAAGGGCGACAGGGACAGCAUUACGAUUAGCUUCGAUGUGAGCAGCCUGACGGGCAGCGCCCUGACCAUCAGCGCCGAAGUAUUCAGCACGGGCCUGGAGCAAAAUCUCCACGACAAUAAGCUGAACACGCUGAUUGCGCUCAAGGAGUACACGGAAAUCGACGCCUCUGGUGGCCAGAGCAAUGCAGCAAUUGACUUGGAACACUAUAAGAACUCCGCGCUGGUGGUCAACAACUAUGAGAUCAAGAGCAAUGGGCCUAGCACUGUGGAUGGCCUCGAGUUGGUCUUCCAUAUACCCGUUGCCUACAAGAUCGCCGGCUCGACGGCCACAUUGCCCAUCAUCAAUGUGGGCAAUCUGAGCAUGCAGGCCACAUACGACUCCCAGCUGGUGUCCAUUGAGCUGCUUGACCAGAAUAACACGCAGAUCAUUAUGAAUCCCAUUGAGAUCUCGACAACGCGUCGUGGCCAGCACACGGAGCGCGUGGUGGUUAAUCAGAAUGGGGAGCACUAUGAGGUCAGCAGCAGCAACGAGCAUAUGUUGCAGGAAAGCUGGCAGGUAUUGGACUCGGAUGCUGUGGCCACGGCAUCCAUGACGCGCAAGCGACGCGAUCUCAAAGCCUUGACUGCCAGUCGGGAGCAAUAUGAGCGAAUCGUGAACUUCAAGGCGCACGAUCUGCUCAGCGAAGACUUCAAGGACAAGCUGCCGGUUAAUCGCACCAUUGUGUUCAAUUGUCGGGAUCCCGAGAUGACCGUCUGUUUGCGCGCCGUGAUGCGCGUCUACAAUUUCAAGCCGGAGAAGCCAAUCAAUCUGAACUUGCGCUACAGCAUCGAUUUGAACGAGGUGAACGCCAUCCUUAUCGAUCCCUGGGAGUUCUUUGUCGUCCUCAUUGAUCUGAAUGUGCGCAAGGAGGGCGAUCCCACAGGCAGCUCGCUGUCCAUUCGACGCAAAAUUGAACCGAAUGUCAUAUCAAAGCAUCUAGAAUCCAGCUUGCCCAUCUGGGCUAUUAUUUUGGCCGUACUCGGUGGUCUUCUACUGCUGGCAGCCAUCACGUAUGCCAUGUACAAGGCGGGCUUCUUUAAACGCAAGGAGAAGGACGAGAUGGCCAUUCUGGCGAAUCAGGGCCCCGUGGAGCCCGAGGCGGAGAACCUUAACAGUGGCAAUAACUAAGCUCAAUAUUGUGAUCCUCGUUGCUAAGCUAUAGACAAGUACAUCACAUUCUAAAAAAGAAACAAACAUCGAUUCCAACUGAACAGUUGGCCAAUACCAAAAAAGCGAAAAGGAUAAACGAACUGGAUAAGUGGAUCAACAGUUUAACAGAUCUACAGUGGGAAAUGUGCUCUUCAAGAAGAAAGCUAUAUAUAUAUAUAUAUAUAUAUAUGUAUAUGGAUAUAUAUUUAUAACUAAAACCUAGUGUAACUUGUAGGCCGCGAAGCAUCAAAUGUUCUUGUGGAUUUUGUUAGAAUUUUUGAUAAUAGCUUGAAAUGAAAUGUUAUUUAUGUAGAGCUGCGCUAGGUGCGCCGAGUCAAGCCAUUUUGCCAUUAUUUGUAAAUAUUUAUAAAAUAUUGCUAAUAAACAUAUUUGUUUAGUUUUUAAGCUUCGAUGGCUUCGAUAAAAGACUUAAAUUUUUGUAUACAAUGUAAAAAAUAAACGCACAAAUAUGUAGAGAGAAGAUAAAACACACACCACACUAAAUAUAUUGUACGCAAUAA